CCAUUUUGGCUCAAGACGGCCUGUGUUCCGCAUUCCGCGCGAGCGGACGGCCCUUUCCCCGCCCCUGCGAUGGAGGUCCUGGAGUUCCGCAGCGUCCGUGCAGUGGAGGCAGUCACCGUCGUGCUCUGCGCUGCCGCGACGCUGGGGCGCCCGAUCCUGCGACUGUGCCGCGAGGAGCGCGCGCUGCCAUUUGUGCGCGAUUGCUCGGGUCGUUUAUUCGAAUUCUCGAAGGCCGUGAAGACGUUCGUUCUGUGCGGCUGUGAUGCGCAGGACCCCGUUUAUGUACACAAGCAGUCCAUGAGGAUCGACAUAUCUCGGCAUUUUGUUCGGGUCAUUUCUGUGGUCAUGGUAUGUUUCCUCUCAUUGCAGGCACUGGUUGGAGACAACAGUGAGCUUAUCCUACCGUUACGUUUGUACGCAUGUCUAUUUUGCAUUGUGUGCGCGAUCUUGCGCUUGUUCCCAGGGCUGGUUACCCUGGUGACAGUGCACCUCUGGUAUUCGGUUGUGUUGUUUGCGGCUGCGCUCAAGGUUUCACCGCUCUUUCAGUUCGCGGAGGCGGUGCCUGACCUCAGGUUGUUCAUCAUGUUUGAUUGUAUUGGCCUGGCAGUGAUGAAUCUGUACAUGCCGAUGAACUUUCUUUGGGCCUCCGUCCUGUACCUGAGCGCCACGCUCACGCUGCUGGUGGGGCCUUCCAACGGCAAUCCUUGCUUCGACUUCGUCCAAACUUUGGAAAUGAUUGGCUUCGACUGGAUCUUUGUAAGUGUAUACUUGGUCAGUGUGCACAUCGUUUUCUCAAAGGCGGCCGCUUUCCAUCUCGAAAGCACCCACUCUAAGAACGAGCUGCGGGCCGCCAGGGCUAUACUGGCAGGCAUCUGUGACGCCGUAGUGGAGCUCGGUCCUGAUUUGAAGCUGGCGCACUGUUCGGAGAGUCUCGCUGCGCUGCUGAUGAUCAACCCGCUACGAAACAAGACUGGGGCGAGCAUGCUAGCUAUUCUUGCCACGGAAGCCGAUCGCGAGAAGUUCUUUCAAGAGGUGACCUCCAGUACCUCGUCCGACAAGAUUUGCAAGGCCUUCCACGUAAACAUGCGGGACACGCGCGGCAUUUUAGUGCACGUGGAGAUGUUCUGUGUGCGUUUCGAUUCGGGCGAGGGUAGGGAGUCAUACCUUCUCGGCCUGCGGGAGUUCUGGGACGCAGCUUCGGCCGGCGGUGCGCAGCAGCAGGAAUUGCCCAGGUCGGUUUUGACGUCGGGUGUCCAGAGCAGUUUGCAUUUGAGUGCCGAGGAGCGGUCGGGCCUCGGAACCUCUGAAGUCGAGUCCUCGCAAUUGUCCACCGUGCCCGAGCUUGCUGUUUGGUUUGACGCCUUGUCACCAAAGCUUACCCUGUUGGGAUGCACAAGUGCCUUCGAGAUGUUCAUUGGUGGUUCAUUUGCACAUAUGUGCGCCGUUGAGGAUACUCUCCUGGGGUGUACCCAGCCAGAUCAGCAAGAGGACUUUGAGUAUUGGAUUCGCCACUGCCUGGACGAGUUCACUGCAUCCGCUUGCAGGGGAGAGGCGAUUCCAUUGAGUGUGGAGAUGGUGCGUUUCCGCUUCAGCGAGCACCAUCAUCGUUUCCGCCUCGUCAUCCAGAGCAGGGUGACGCUGGUCCCGGCCCCGACGGCUGGCGAGCCAUGGCCCACGGGCCUCGGCCAGCCCCAGCGCGUGGCAAAGCUCGUUUUCGAGAGGCCCGAGUGGAUCCAGGGGGAAGGUUGGAGCCGGCUCCGGCGCGCCCGCGCGCCCGUGCCCGCCGUCGCCCAGGGACCUGUGGGCGACACGUUCACGCCCCGGCUCGGCGGCGACGGCACGAGGGGCUUGGGCAGCGGUGGGCCAGAUUACCGCAUUGCGCUCUGA